AUGUCAGCCAGAAGAGUAGUAGUAACCGGUCUGGGCAUCGUCUCACCAGUCGGCGUUGGCGUCAAGCAUGCAUGGAGCAACCUCAUAGCCGGCAAGUCCGGUGGCAUCGUGCCUCGCAGCGGCAAUGGGUCGUUCAACCCCAAGGAAUGGCUUGAGCCCGGCGACACCAAGCGCAUGGCCGAUUUCUCGCAGUACGCCAUGUGCGCUGCCAACCAGGCGCUGACUGAUGCCGAGUGGACAGCACCGACAGACGCGCAGCGUGAGCGCACUGGUGUGUGCAUAGGGACGGGAAUCGGCUCGAUGGACGACAUCACCAGCAACUACACCCUCUACCAGGCAGGUGGACUGCGCAAGAUCAGCCCGAUGUUUGUGCCAAAGGUCCUGUGCAAUAUGGCCGCCGGCAACAUCAGCAUCCGCUAUGGCUUCUACGGGCCAAACCACGCCGUAUCGACUGCCUGCACCACUGGCGCUCAUGCCAUCGGUGAUGCCAUGCGGUUCAUUAAGUUUGGCGAUGCUGACGUAAUGGUCGCUGGUGCGUCAGAGGCACCAUUGCAGCCACUGUCGCUGGCCUGGGUUCUCCAAGAUCAAGGCCCUGGCAACAGGGUUUCAACGAUUGCCCUGAGAAGGCAUCGCGGCCAUUCGACAAAGGAGCGGGCUGGAUUCGUGAUCGGUGAGGGUGCUGGUGCACUGGUGCUGGAGGAGCUAGAACAUGCCAAGCGCCGUGGUGCUCAUAUCUACGCCGAGAUCAGGGGAUACGGACUAUCGGGCGAUGGCUUCCAUAUUACAGCGCCGCCCAACGACGGUGCUGGUGCCCAGCAUAUUACCUAUGUCAACGCCCAUGCCACUUCAACACCACUGGGCGAUGAGAUCGAGAACAGGGCGAUAAAGUCAGUGUUUGCCGACACGCAGCUGCAGCAGGGCCUGAUGGUCUCGUCGACAAAGAGCGCAACUGGCCACCUUGCUGGCAACAUCGAUGCUGAUGCUGGGUUCGAUCUGAACUAUGUUGCCAACCAGGCCCAGGAGCGCACUAUCAAGGCUGCGCUGACCAAUUCGUUUGGAUUUGGCGGCACCAACGCAUCGCUGAUCUUUACAAAGUAUGAAUAG